AUGAGAAAACUAAAUCCUGCUUUAGAAUUCCGAGACUUCAUCCAGGUUCUCAAGGAUGAAGAUGACUUAAUCGAAAUCACUGAAGAGAUUGAUCCGAAUCUAGAAGUGGGCGCAAUCAUGAGGAAGGCGUACGAAUCCAAUUUACCAGCUCCGUUAUUCAAAAAUGUUAAAGGUGCUUCGAAGAAUCUUUUCAGCAUUUUGGGUUGUCCAGCCGGUUUGAGAAGUAAGGAAAAAGGUGAUCAUGGUAGAAUUGCCCAUCAUCUAGGCCUUGACCCAAAGACAACGAUCAAGGAAAUUAUAGACUAUUUAUUGGAAUGUAAGGGCAAAGAGCCACUUUCCCCGACCCCCGUUCCUGUAUCAUCCGCACCUUGCAAGACACAUAUACUUUCUGAAGAAAAAAUUCAUUUACAAAGUCUGCCAACGCCAUAUUUACAUGUUUCUGACGGCGGUAAGUACUUGCAAACGUACGGAAUGUGGAUUCUUCAAACUCCAGAUAGAAAAUGGACUAAUUGGUCAAUUGCUAGAGGUAUGGUUGUCGAUGAUAAGCAUAUCACAGGUCUGGUAAUUAAACCACAACACAUCAGGCAAAUUGCCGACUCUUGGGCAGCUAUUGGCAAAGGAAAUGAAAUCCCUUUUGCUUUAUGUUUUGGUGUUCCGCCAGCGGCAAUUUUAGUUAGUUCCAUGCCAAUUCCUGAGGGUGUCUCUGAAUCGGAUUAUGUCGGAGCAAUCUUGGGUGAAUCAGUACCCGUUGUAAAAUGUGAAACUAGUGACUUAAUGGUUCCUGCAACUAGCGAGAUGGUUUUUGAGGGUACCUUAUCGCUGACAGAUACACAUCUAGAGGGCCCAUUCGGUGAAAUGCAUGGGUAUGUUUUUGAAGGCCAAGGUCACCCUUGCCCAUUGUAUACUGUCAAAGCCAUGAGUCACAGAGAUAAUGCUAUUCUUCCUGUAUCCAACCCGGGUCUUUGUACGGAUGAAACUCACACUUUGAUUGGUUCACUAGUGGCCACUGAGGCUAAGGAGCUUGCUAUCGAAUCUGGCUUGCCAGUUCUGGAUGCCUUUAUGCCGUAUGAGGCUCAGGCCCUUUGGCUGGUUCUGAAGGUUGACGUAAAACAGCUGCAGGAGCUGAAGACUACACCAGAAGAAUUUUGCAAGAAGGUAGGUGACAUCUACUUUAGGACAAAGGUUGGAUUUAUCGUCCAUGAGAUAGUUUUAGUUGCAGACGAUAUUGAUAUAUUCAAUUUCAAAGAAGUCAUCUGGGCCUAUGUCACAAGACAUACUCCUGUUGCAGACCAGACAAUUUUUGAAGAUGUCACAUCUUUUCCUUUGGCUCCCUUUGUUUCGCAGUCAUUUAGAAGUAAAACUCUAAAAGGUGGAAAAUGUGUUACGAAUUGCAUAUUCAGACAGCAAUAUGAGCGCAACUUUGAUUACAUCACUUGUAAUUUUGAAAAGGGAUAUCCAAAGGAAUUAGUUGAUAAAGUAAAUGAAAAUUGGAAUAAUUAUGGAUAUAAAUAA